AUGAAGUUCUUAUCAGUCUUGACCCUGCUUCUCGCUUCUCCGCUCGUUUCAGCGGCCUCGUUCCCCUCUAUCUUCGAUCCUACCCAGGCAACGCUCGCCACUCAGGACGACAAGGAGCUCGAUGUUCCUGGACAAAACCCCCUGAAGUACUGCGUGGACCCGGCUGGCCAGAUCCUGACGAUCAAGUCGGUCGACUUGUCGCCCAAUCCUCCUGCAGCGGGCCAGACACUUACUAUCAACGCUAGCGGUACUCUGUCCGAGACUGUGGACAAGGGCGCCAAGGUGGCUUUGACGGUCAAAUGGGGCCUCAUCACUCUGAUUAGCCAAGAAGUCGACCUGUGCGAUCAGAUCAAGAACGUCGAUCUGGAAUGUCCUUUGAACAAGGGUGAAAUGACCCUGAAGAAGGAUGGUGCAGCUGCCAAAGGCAAUCCCAAAGUCCUCGCGGAUGUCUACACCAAGGACCAGAAGAAGGUUACUUGCUUGAAGGCCGACAACAUCCAGUUCUAG